AUUUUUAGGCCCCAUUUUCUUACAAGCUGAAAUUGAUUCUUACAACAAUGACAGUCAUCCUGUUACAGGUUGUUCUAUUGUUUGCAAUAAUGGCGACGGGUAAGAUACUUUCCACAUCUGAAUAGUGAUAAUUUUUUUAGAGUGUCAUCAUUUUCAAAUUUAUAUAUAUAUAUGUAUAUAUAUAUAUAUAUAUAUAUAUAUAUAUAUAUAUAUAUAUAUACAUAUAUAUAUAUAUAUUGAAAUGCACUUUAAAUCAUUAUUGGUAUUAUUUCAAUUCGAUAAGCUUGUGAUCUUGCAAAUUAACUUAAAUUUGAAAAAUAAAUUUAAACAAGAAAAUUCUGAUUAAUUUAAAUUUUACGAUAUCCUCUAAUUUAUCAACAUUUUAUUUUUUUCUUUAAUUAAAGUAAUUUAAAAGGUAAUGGAAUUAUUUCCAGCAUACGUGCAACAAAAAAAAUUUUCAAGUUGCCUUGCAGACUUAAAAUAUGGUGAUAUAGUAUUAUUAAUAUGAUAUGUAAUUCAUCUUUAGGGCAAAGCCUGACACUCGUAGCCGUCCCUGCCACUGUGCAGGUUGGCCUCACUGACAGCCUGGGUGUCAACUGCUCGGUCGCGGCCGGAACAGAUCCGACGAUGGCGUCCCUCGUCACGCUGACGCUGUCCUUCUCCCAGGACUCGGCCAGCCCCCAGUUUCAGGCGCUUGGCACCGUCAACAGUUUCAACGGCGUUGGGAACUCUUCCGACCCGAGCGAUGGCAGCGUCACCGGCCUCAUCGACAACGCCGGCGUGUCGUUCCUCCGCGUGUCCUGGGACACUCCCGGCAGCGUUAGGACGGGAACGUACAAAUGUGACGCCCAGGGCCUGGAUCAAGUCGGAGUCCCCGUUUCCGCCACGGCCACGACAAAUGUCACUGAAGGGAUCGCGGACACCACUGUCUUGACAGAUGUCCUAAUUACAUUAAAGAAAUACGUCAAACAGUUGAGUUCGGAACUCGUGGUUCUAAGGGAUCAGUUCGUGGCGUUGGCUGAGACAUGGGAACAGCGGCUGGAAGCUAGAAGGAAAUCGUUGUUCGAGGAAUCUCCAGCCUUUCGUGGCUCAAGAUAUUACCUCUCCAAAGAAGACCCAAUCGUCAUGAACGCUCUGGCCCAAGCCAGUUGUGAGGAGUUUGGUGGGAACCUCGCUGAAAUCGGCGACGAGGAGGAGUUCGAGUUCAUCAAGGAGUUCAUACAGAACUACACCGGGUUCGUAUUUGUGGUCAUCGGCGGUUCUCAAUACGGCGAGCCCGACAACUGGGUGUACCCGCAUAACAAUAAGUCGUUGGAGUACUUCAACUGGGCGUACGGGUACCCCCGCCUGGAGAUGGCGGCCAACUGUUUGAACAUGUGGGAGUGGUUCGACUGGAACAUGACCAACGUCGAGUGUCUGAUGGACAGCAAAAGUUGGCCGAUGAGAUACAUCUGUGAAAUGUUAGUGGAUGCUUAACUUUUAACAACUCAAUUUAAAAAGCAAGCCCUUUAAAUAAUUUAUGAACAGCGAAUUUCGAAAAACAGUAUUUAAAUAUAAGUCUUUGAAAAACAUUGUUUUGCUAUUUUGCUUAAAAUAUGUGUUAUUAAUCCAGUUGGCGUUGCUUUUUGUAUUGUCCCUGGCCUUACUCACUGAAUCUGACAUCAAACUUCAAUCUAUGUCCAUGUGGUGCUCCUAUCAUCGUACGAUCAGAGGUACACUAUUUGCCACCCAUCGCUUACAGUAAAUUAUUGUAAUUAAUUAAAUUAGAAAGAGGACCAGCUCUUUUACUGGGAGAGUUAUGGGAGAGUGCUGACAGACGGACUGUGUGUUUCGGUCAUUCUGAUGGUUUUUGUUGGGUUGGAUGCGAAUUUCAAGUAAUUUUUAAGUUGAUAUUAUUUAAUUUACGUUAAACAUUUUGUUCAAAAAGAACAAAAGCUACAAAAUAUGUUUAAAUUAAAAAAAAAAAUUACUUUCUAUCAAACGCAUUAAAAAAAAUUAGAAAGUAGUUAUACAUUUCUUUAAGUGCACUGUAAAAAGAUAGAUGGAGC